AUGCGCCGGACACGGGCGCCGGUGGCCCGGCCGGCCCGGCGGUCGCGGUGCCCCGGCACUUCGAGUGUCCUCCGGGACCGCCCGGGCGAUCCGGCCCCCGCUGCCCCAUCCGGUGGCCGGUCCGACCGCGGGCGCCUCGCAGCGGGCCCUUGCUCGUCGGUGCCGCCCGGGCCGACCGCCGGCCGGGGUGCCCCCGCCCCACGGCCGUGCCGCCGGUCGGCCGAGCACCUCCGCAUGUUGCCCCUGGUCCGUGGUGGGUCCGGCGGCCUCAUCUACUUCAUCCAUGAGGGCGAGAACCACGACGAGCUCCCCUUCCACCACGACGAGGCGCGCCCGGAGUUCCUCCGCCAGCUGAAGGCCUGCGGCCACACCGGCAAGGAGGGCAAGGUGACCAUCCUCUAUGGGCUGGCGGCCAACCUUCCCCGGGUGGCGGUGGCCGGCCUCGGCAAGGAGGAGCAGCACGAGGACAACUCGCCCGGGGCCCAGCGCAAGCAGGAGAUCAUCCGCACGGCGUCGGCCCUGGCGGCCCAGGCCCUGCGCGAUGACGGCGCCGAGGACUUCAUCUUCUAUGCGCUCGGUCGCGCGCUGGACCCCUCCCCCAUGGCCGAGGGGGCCCUGCUGGGCCUCUACAAGUAUGAGUCCUUCAAGGGGGGCCGGCGCCUGGGCGAGGCGCCCCCCGCCGGGGCCGAGCGCCCGCGCUUCACCAUGGGCUGCGUGGCGCCGCAGUUCAUGGGGGUCGUCAACCCCAUCCCCUGGAUGAAUGGCAUGCGUGCCGGGCACUUCCAGAACAUGGCCCGCGACCUGAUGAAUGCCCCGGCCAACUACAUGACCCCGACCCUGUUCGCGGCCGAGGCCGCCCGGCUGGCGGCCCAGGUGACCGAGGCCGCGCGCGGCUGGAUCUCCGAUGCCGAGCCCAUGACCCUGAAGGUGACGGCCCAUGACCGUGCCUGGGCCGAGGAGCAGAAGAUGGGUGCCUUCCUGUCGGUGACCAACGGCUCCGCACAGAGCCCCGUCUUCCUGGAGGUGGAGUACCUCCUCGGCGAGAAGCCGGCCGCCGGGCCCACGGUCCUCGUCGGCAAGGGCGUCACCUUCGACACCGGCGGCAUCUCCAUCAAGCCCUCCGACGGCAUGGCCCUCAUGAAGGGCGACAUGGGCGGCGCGGCCGUGGUGCUGGCCACCAUCCUCGGCGUGGCCCACGCCCACCAGGAGGCCCACCUGAUUGGGCUGAUCCCGCUGUGCGAGAACAUGCCCGGCGGCCGGGCCACCAAGCCCGGGGACGUGGUCCUCUCGCGCAAGGGGUCCUCCAUCGAGGUGGACAACACCGACGCCGAGGGCCGGCUCAUCCUGUGCGACGCCCUGGACUACGCCCGGGAGUUCCGCCCGGCGGCCGUGCUCAACUUCGCCACCCUCACCGGGGCCAUGGACGUGGCCCUGGGGUUCGGCUGUGCCGGGGUCUUCGCCAAUGACGAGGCCCUGUGGCAGCGCAUCGACCGCCAUGGGCGCGCCUCGCAGGACCUCCUCUGGCGCAUGCCCCUGCUGGACUGCCACCGCCGGGCCAUGGCCGGGACCUUCACCGACCUGAUCAACCUCCCGGCCAGCGGCCGCUCGGCCGGCGCCUGCACCGCGGCCGCCUUCCUGGCGCACUUUGUCCCGGACGACCAGCCCUGGGCCCACUUCGACAUCGCCGGUGUCAUGCACACCCGCCGUGGCGAGGGCCACCAUGUUGCCGGCAUGUCCGGCCGCCCGGUUCGCGCUCUGCUCUCCCUCUUCCUGGCCCGCUACCACUGAGGUCCAGCGCGUCCGCGUGGAGCCCUUUUCUUGGACCUCGGUCUUCCGUUCUCCUGCCCGCCCUCUCCCCGGUGUAUACCUCUCCCUGGUCGCUCUUGCCUGCGGGGGGAGGGGGCGACUUGUGUCCGCCCUCCGGCCGUGUAUGUUUCUCCCCGUGUAAAUAUACCCAUCAGCAGGCA